AUGCAAGAGGAAGAAAUUCAGCAAAAAGAGCAAGAAUUUAAAGAACAAGUUGAAGAAGAAAGAAAAAAAACAGACCCCAAAAGAAAAAAAUACACUCGAAUCGAAUCAACGAGACUGUUCCAUAUGCUUGAAAAAAUUGAAAAAGAAAUUGGUUUGGAUAAUAAUUUACAAGAUGCUAAAAAUGAAUUACAGACUAUCCGAGAUAAGUUGACACCUCAUUUUUCUACAAUAGAUUACUGCUAUUAUCUGAUAAAAGAAGAAGAAAGUUCAGGAGAUAAAUCAAAAGAAUUAGAUGAGCAUCAGUUAGAAGAAAAACUUGAGAAUUUGAUAAAACAAAUUGAGCAAAAGAAAUCCAUCCGUAGUCAGUAUAUCGAAAAAGAAAAGGAAUUAACUGAGGAAAUUGAUGAACUACUUAAAAGUGCUGAAUUGUUGGUUGAAGAAUUAAAAAAAGAGAAGUUUCGAUAG